AUGGGUGCUAAAAAUAAGAAGCGAGUGGUACUUCCAAGUCGACCAGAUCCGCCCACUGUGGAGCAGAUUCUUGAGGACAUCAACAGGGCCUUUUCGAAUGAUCCAGUCUUCAGCGUCCUGGAGGAUGCCAACCAAGGUAUGCGCCUUUGAAUCAGGGUUGUACUCAUUCGUCUGAUUCCGUUGCAAAACAUUUAGCAGUGGAAACCGUUUACUCCAAACAUAAAUCGUUUUGCAACGAAAACGAGUUUCUAUUGGACAAAUUCAGGUAGGUCACUCUGUUUCGUUCUGUUUGCUCUGUUUUUUAUUUUUAUUUGUUAUUUUAUGACGGCCUACACCGGCCAAACCCGGACGACGCUGGGCCAAUUGUGCGCCGCCCUAUGGGACUCCCAAUCACGGCCGGUUGUGAUAUAGCCUGGAAUCGAACCAAGCACUGAGAUGCAGUGCCUUAGACUGCUGCGCCACUCGGGAGCUUCAGUUUGAUUCCUAGAGUAAACGGUAAAGAAUCCGACUAAUGAAUACAUCCCAGUACAUCAGUCAAACAGAUGGCAAGUCAUUCAAGGUAGGCUCAUCGAAAUGACAUUGCCACUAGCAGCACCGCAGAUAUUGAGAUGAGCAAGAUGCAAGACGUUGCUCUCUCACAGUCACACACAGUAUCUGUGCAUGUGCACGGGUUCUCAUCACGCUGUUACAAUGUGGUAGCCAGGGCACCAAAAGAGCGGAAAGGUUGAACCUCGUGCUUCACAGUUUUGCGGAAAUUGACCCACUAUGCUGUUAACGUUCUGCAUCUUCAUCAUAUCGCUGAGUCUACCUUUAAGUAGCCAAUUCAUGACAACCUUUAAGUAGCCUGUUCAUUGACAUGGUAGCCUGCCUUAUUACUAAGUGAAUUCAAACAGACACUUUCACUUUAUUUCACCUAAUGUAAUGUUGAGCUUUCAGCAAAUGGUCUACUUGAUUAGGCAGCCUAUAUGUUUUAACAAACCUAUAUAACUAAACUGGAUUUUGUCCCCUUCCACAGAUGCCAAGAGGGAGUCCUCAGACAAUGAAGUGGAGACAAAGUACCUUCAGAGCCGCAGGUACUUGGAAAUGAACGAGCGGCUUCAGGAGUUUAGAGGUGAACUUGUGCAGCGGAGGGAGGAACUGCGGGUGGCCAGAGAGCAGUUGGAGAUCAGUGUGGCCGAGGUCAAAGGGAGAGCCCUCUGACCAGUCUUCCCUCACACCUCAGGGCUGGGGGUGCACAUUACCUCAGCUUAAACAGAUUCACUAGGAACGAACAUGCCACCUCAAUCUCGCGGAGGAGGUUCUCAUAGCAGAAAAUAGAAAUGGGACACAACAGUUUAAAAUUGUCUCCAUACCUUGGUUUGACUUUUCACGGAAUUGUAAAGCAAAUUAGUUAUGUGUGUUGUCUAAAUUUUCUAUAAUGAAUAUUAAUAAAAUAAUGAUUGUAAUCAAAUAUAACUUGUUUUUUAAUGUUCAAUCACACUGACAUGUGCAUGCAUCGAGGGUCAGGCAGGAGUCAGGCUAUGGGUCAUAUGACUAUUAUUAUAUUUUAACUUAAAGGUCAUUAUGUAGUUAAUGCAAUGAUUAAGUAAAUGUCAGUGUAGAGUAUAUUUGUUUAUAUCUUAAUUAGCUCAGAAAACUGUCAGACUAUGUCCACAUUUCAUUGGCAUGAGUGCAUGCUUAGUCAAUAUUAUUGAAAGCUCAUAUUAUAUUGCUUUGAUAUGUUCAAGAAAAAGUCAUAUUAAGGUUUUAAGUCAGC